AGCCUUGUGGAGAGAAAUCUACCACCGCUCUCCCUCUUCCUCCCGGCCUGCACACGCACAAGCAGCGAGCCUUCCUCCUCCAGUCCUCAUCUUUCUGCCAUGAAGCCCCCUCACUUCACCGGGGAGGCCGCCGCCGGCGCCUCCUGGGCUCACGAGGUCAAGCAGGCCCUUCGUGACAAGCUCCGGUGGACACCCGCCGCGGGCACCACGGGCACCGGCGGCCACGGCGCCGCGAGGCCGCCGGCGGCCUCCUCGGCUGUGACCGCCGAGCCGGUGGCGCAGCCGGCCCACGGCGCCGACUGCCGGGGCUUGGCCGCCGCCGAGGACCCCAUCAGGAGGGUCAUGUUCUUGGCCCCCUGGGGCCACACAUAAACGGAAAAAGCAAGUGCACGCGCGCACGGCCAUGCCUUGGCCGGAUCUGCAACUGCACCUCAACAAAAAUAUGGACUACUACGUACAUAUAUAUAUGUGGCCGUAUGGACCAUGAACUGAACAUGAACUCAUCAAGGACCAAUUAAAAACUGGGACUAGAUCGGGAGAAGAAGAAGAUGUGGUGCUUGAGUUAUUUGUUCAUUCAUGUUUCUCUUGGGAGAGAUGCAUGCAUGCAUGCAUGGGGAGAUCUCGCCCUGACGGGUUCGUGCAUAACGGCGUUGAUGGGUUGUUGAAGCUGCGCAAGAGCUGCAGCUUUGUUGUAGCCAUGAACCUGUUUUUCGUUUCUCUCCAGAAAUUCUGUACCAAGAGCCUGUGAAAAGCUAUGUGUGUAUGAGACUAUGAGCUAGUAAAAAGAACUGUUCCUCCUUUC